AUGAAGAAUAUUCCAGGGAUUAAUAAUUUUAAGACCCAAAAUAUCAAUAGACGAUCAAGCUGUCAGAAUUGUAGAAGACAGAAACGGAAAUGUUCUAAAGAUAGACCUCAAUGUUCAAAUUGUGAACGAUUUCAUCAUGAAUGUUUUUAUGAAGAAAAGAGCAAUUUUAAAAAUACUAAAGACUCAGAUUUUCAAAUAUCUACCAAUAAAAAAGAAGAAUCAGCUGGUUUGAUACAACCUUUGAUGAAAGUAGAACUGAAAAAAUCUGUUUCUAUGGAAAAAGAAUCAAAAUUCAGCCCCAUUUCGGAGAUAUCCCCAAGCUCAUCAAUAUUUGAAACCAGAUCAAUGGUUACACCUCAAAGUGAAAGUUCUCCCAGUAUUUAUAAUUUGAUCCACCAUGAAGAUGAUUUCUUUGAUAAACCAACCAGAUCGUUUGAUAAAGCGUUUGAAAAGAAAAGUUUUGAUAAGAGUUUUGAUAAAAGUUUCGAUAAGAAUUAUAUUAGGUUUUUUGAUGGUGGACCAAGAUUAAGCCAUACUAAAAUAUUCAAUCAUUCUAUAGGGGUUAAUGUUCCGGUGGAUUUGAGGUUACUUUACUCUUUCAUCCCGGAAAAAUCCAUAGCUGAUUACUUGUUUCAUAGAUAUUUCAUAUCUAUUCAUCCUAUGAUUCCUUUACUUGAUUAUGAAUCUUUGGUUCCAAUGUAUGAAAGAUUCUGGCAUAACAAAUUUUCCGUUGAUUUGAAUUUUUAUAUCAAUAUCUUAACUAUCUUCUAUGCAGCUACUGUUUCACAAUAUGAAGAGUUAACAUAUAAAUAUGGAAGUUCUAAAGAUUUGGAUGAAAGGAUGAAGAAACUUGUUCAAGCUACAGAAUUAGCUUUACUUAUGAAUGAGUUCCCUAAGAAAGUGAAUAUUUUAGGUCUUCAAAGUAUGACCAUUCUAUUAACAGUUACUCGUAAUGAUUGUAAGAAUGAUGAUUAUAUAUCCAUAAGUUCAUUGGUUAGAUCGUGUCAGUUAUUAAAUUUACAUAGAGAUCCACUAAACUAUCAUAAAAUUACCAAUGAAGAAGAAGUCAAUUCAAAACGAUUAUUAUGGUGGUAUGUAUUUAGUCUUGAUACUAUAAGUUCAUUAUCAUUGAAACUCCAACCCAUUAUCAAAGAUUUCGAUACUUUAUUCCCUAAUGAAUAUUAUAGAACUAAACAAGAGUUCAAAUUGUGUAAAGAUAUUGCUUUGGCUAAUGCUAAAUUCAGUUUCUUCAAAGUAUUGAAUAAGAUUUUGAACUUUCAUUACUCCAUAAAAGUUCAAUUACCACCGAAAGAUUUAUUUGAUGAUAUUGAUAACUUAUCAACAUAUUGUGUGAUGAUGAUUGUAAGAAUCAAAGAUUUGAAGAAUUUUCAACCAGCUGAAGAGAAUUUUGUGGACUUUUCUUGUUCUUAUAUUCAAUCUUUACCGUUUAAAUGUAAGAUUUUAUUCAAUAUCUUGAAUAAAAAUUAUGAUAAUAUUGAAAUUCAGAUCAGUUUCUUAAAGGUUUAUGUUAAAUUGAUCUCUCAGAGUAAGAAUCAGAUUUAUCUUUGGGAGAUUAAGAAAUUUCAACCUAUUCAAAUUUACUUUUCUUUAAUGAAAUCAUUGGUUUCGGAUUUAAAAUUGAAUUUGGUGGAUUUCAAAAGCUUAAGAAAUGAUAAAAGAGUGUUGGUGAUCAAUGAAACGUUUGAUACGUUAGGUUCAUUAUCGAAAAACACCACUGAUUUAAGUUCUCAGCGAUGGGAGAUUUUGAAACAGUUAAAGAGUAAUCUCUGGGAGAAGAUAUUUGAUACCAAUGAUGUAGAUUUGUAUUGGAAUUCAUUGGGAGAUGAGUUGAAGGAAUAUCAAUUGACCAUUAAUGAGAAUAUAGAAUUACAAUGGGAUGAGACAUCGGGGCAUUAUCAGGUGUGA